ACAGUCUGUUGACGUGUUAAUCAUCAGAGAUAAUGUUGUGGCUUUUAUUCAGUCUAGUAGUGGUUGCCGUCCUUGGUCAUCGUACGCACGGAUCAGCGGCUCUCUUCCGAUUGAGGCAAGCCCGCGCGCAGAGGCGCUCGACAAUUGUGCAUAGGCGUGAGCAACGGUUGAACGAAAAUGUCUGGCCUUCGCACGGCGCGAGGAGCUUUCGAGGAGCAGAAAACACGCAAAUAAAGUCACGAGAGAAUCCACGCUCAUCCUCGUCCUAUCGGUAAGCCCCGCGUUGACAGCCU